AUGUCUCCGAAGAGAAGGAUAGAGGAGGAUGAAGAAUGGCCAAGGCGAAAAGCACCUAUAUUCAAUGAGCUAGAGGCGAAGAGGCUCAUCAAUCUGUAUGUUGAAAAUCGCGAUAGAUAUCACGGGAAAAUUAAAUCAAGCGGAAGAUGUGGUGAGAGCGACAAACAACUUCUUCUGAAGAAGUGGACAAAAGAAAUCUCGUCGAUGGGAUUCUCGAAUCGCUCUAAAGAACAAAUAGAAGAAAAAAUAAGAAACGAAAUUAAGAAGGUGCAGAAAUAUCUGAAGUUUAAGAAAGAGAAGUGCUCCAAGAGUGGCAGCGCAAAUGUUCCUAGACUGGCGUCAUACCUUAACCCCUUGGUGAAGCUUCUCGAUGAGAACAAUGCCGAACAUUCAAUAUCAGGAAUAGAAGAAUCUCCACCGCAACAGCCUCCAAACACAGACGAGGUUGAGCUGCAGCAUCAUGUCGGUUUUCUGUUCGACGAAGACAUGAAACCCACUCGAGAGGAGCUUGCUGCAAUCUUGGAAGGGAGCAUGACAUCGGAAGGAGAAGGCACUCCUACAUCUACAGUACAAGAACCUUUAUCGAGUCUAAUGGAAUGUAACUCUAAGGAUGAGAAAAGGACAACAGAAGAAUUUGCCGCUUCUAUAUACGAUGCACGUUCACUGCUCAUGGAUCGACGUUCACUGCUUUUGGAAGCAGAGACAAAGCUGGCGGAGAUGAAACAGAAAGAGAUCGCCAUUCGUUUGGAGGAGGCAAAAAUUUCGCUCGAGCUGCGAAAAAUAGAACUAGAACGCGCAAAACUGGAGCUUGACCGAAUCCGGGGAACACCCGCGGAUAGAUAUUCUCGUGCUCCUACUCCACCUGCUACACCCCAUCCUUAUCCUACCCAGAAUAACUUAUAA